AUGGUUUCCCCUUUGCUCAGCGCUUCUAUCACUAAGCCAUCGCCCUCAUUUUCCAUUUCUGCAAACAAAUUCAAAGUCCCUUGUGCCCCUUUUCAAGAAAAAUUGCUGCUCCCAAUUGUAUCGGGCGUGGGAAAAUCGACGCCCAUUAAAAUUGUUCGAAAUUUAUCGUACUCGCAAACCCUAGCACGGAUUUCGUUUCAGAGUUCUGUGAUUCCUCUGGCUGUGUCUCUUGCUGUUGUUCUAUGGUCUAAUCCAGCUCAUGCUGGAUUUCUCUCGGGCAUCUCGGGGAUAGAAUCAGUACCAGGCCCUCAGUUGCCUAAGGUCGAUUUUCUCGCGCGUUUUAAUGAGGAAAAUCAAAAGAAAUAUGCCGAAAAUGAUGCAAGAUUCAAAGAGUCUCCCCUCCUCAAGAAGUUGCUUGAGCAGACCAAGCUAAACAAAGAAAAAAAUCGACAGCAAAUUCUUGACAAAUAUUGCAUCCGAGGGGCUGAGUGGGGAGUUGGAGAUUGCUCAGCCGAAGGCAUGUCACCAGAAGAUAGAGACAAAUUUAUUGCGAUGUUGAAGCAGAAAGCUGGAGUUGAAUGA